ACAGAAAGACAUCUCCCUCCCCACCCCUUUCUCACCAGCGAGGCUUCCUGCCUGCUUACAGGAGAGAGGCCAAGGAUCAGGGGUGGGCGGGGGAAUCCUGGUCCCCCAGAGUCAGUCCCCCUCCUUUCCUCCCUCCCCCUCUGCUUACACGUGAGUGCAGGGACAGCCCGGAUCACUCCGUGGCUUCCCAUUCUCAUCUUCUUCCUCGGAGCUGCCCUCCUCCUCGCAGCUCAGCCAUCUCCAGGGCAGUAAGUCCUCAGCUCUGCCACUGCUCAGUCUUUCCCAUCUGGUCCAUUCCCGCCAACUCCCUGAGGCUGUGAACAGCCUAUCUGGGAAGCUGCAGCACAGCUACAUCUGGGCUGAGGCUGCUCCCAGGGCACCGGAUAAAGAAACAGAAGCUUGGAGAGGGAAAGUGAAUUGCCCAAGGUCACAUAGGUCCCCUUGCUCUUUUUUUCCCCAGAGCUGGGGCUCCCUGUGUGCUUUCCCUCCAAAGUCUCCACAGGCCUGAACACUGGUUCUAAGGAUGAGUAGCCACGCCAAUAGCCUCUUCCUGAGGGAAAGUGUUUCCCAACGCCUUGGGAGGCAGAGUUGGCUACAAGGGUUUCAGGACUCCAUGCAACAGCGUGCUGCCCGAACCCGUCUGCAAAUUCAAACUAUGAACCGGGAGCGAGUAUUUCGCUUCCUUCGGAGAAAUGCCUUCAUCCUUCUCACAGUCAGUGCUGUGGUCAUAGGCAUCAGCCUUGCCUUUGCCCUGCGCCCUUAUCAACUGACCUAUCGACAGAUUAAGUACUUCUCUUUUCCGGGAGAGCUGUUGAUGAGGAUGUUGCAAAUGUUGGUGUUACCCCUCAUUGUCUCCAGUCUAAUCACAGGUAUGGCAUCUCUGGAUAACAAGGCUUCAGGGCGGAUGGGUAUGCGGGCUGCUGUUUACUACAUGGUGACAACAGUCAUUGCGGUCUUCAUUGGCAUCCUCAUGGUCACUAUCAUCCACCCUGGGAAAGGAUCCAAGGAAGGAUUGCACCGAGAGGGCCGCAUUGAAUCUAUCCCUACAGCUGAUGCCUUCAUGGACCUUGUCAGGAAUAUGUUCCCACCCAAUCUUGUGGAAGCCUGCUUCAAACAGUUCAAGACACAGUACAGCACCAGGGUGGUGACCAGGACUGUCAUGAAGAUGGAAAACAGGACAGGAUUGGAUAUCUCCCCUUCGCCUCUUUCCCUGAUGGACAACGGAACUAGUGUCUUGGACAAUGUUACCCGUGCCCUUGGUACCCUACAGGAGGUACUGAGUUUUGAGGAGACCGUACCUGUGCCUGGCUCAGCUAGUGGCAUCAAUGCUCUGGGCUUAGUGGUAUUCUCGGUCAGUUUUGGCCUGGUCACGGGCAGCAUGAAGCAAAAGGGCCAUGCCCUGAAGGUAUUCUUCAACAGCCUCAAUGAAGCCAUCAUGAGACUUGUUGGUGUCAUUAUCUGGUAUGCUCCUGUGGGCAUCCUCUUCCUCAUUGCUGGGAAGAUCCUAGAGAUGGAGGACACAGCUGUGGUUGGUGGACAACUGGGCAUGUACACACUGACUGUCAUCGUGGGCCUGCUCAUUCAUGCUGGGGGUGUCCUCCCCCUCCUCUACUUCCUCAUCACACACAAGAAUCCCUUCCCCUUCAUCGCUGGUAUGCUGCAGGCCCUCAUCACGGCCAUGGGCACUUCCUCCAGCUCAGCAACUCUGCCCAUCACCUUCCGAUGCUUGGAGGAGAACCUUGGUGUGGAUAGACGCAUCACCAGGUUUGUGCUGCCUGUGGGGGCAACCAUCAACAUGGAUGGCACUGCCCUCUAUGAAGCCUUGGCAGCUAUCUUCAUAGCCCAGGUCAACAAUUAUGAACUCAAUCUUGGACAGAUCACCACCAUCAGCAUCACAGCCACAGCAGCCAGCAUAGGGGCCGCAGGCAUUCCCCAGGCUGGCCUUGUUACCAUGGUCAUUGUGCUUACAUCAGUCGGGCUCCCAACUGAGGACAUCACACUCAUCAUAGCUGUGGACUGGUUCUUAGACCGCCUCCGAACUACCACUAAUGUUCUGGGAGACUCAGUUGGUGCUGCCAUCAUUGAGCAUCUGUCUCGGAAGGAGCUGGAGCUGCAGGAUGCUGAGCUAAGCCUCCCAAGCCUUGGAAAAUCUUAUCAACUCAUCGCCCAGGAGAAGGGAGCCAAUAGAGCUCGGGGAGGCAAUGAAAGCAACAUGUGAAUGACUGAUGGGUUCCCAGGCUAGAGCCAGAGUCAAACUGCCCAUAGCUGGAGGACCUAGAGACCCAUGUCAGAAGGGUUCCUGGCCUGUCUGGCUUUGAGCCCAAAGGCACCAGCUGCUCAGCCCUACCUGGAUCCUGUAGAAGAAAAAAAAUGAAAGUUUAUACAAGGCUUCAGUUCCUUCUCAGUGUGUUGGGAGUUAAUGUCAUAGCCUGGGCACAUGGGGGUGAUAUGGCUAUGGAUAACAAACAGAGCCCAUCCUAGGAGCGGGGGAGGGAAGGAGUUGCCCCUGUCCAAAUGUUCCCUAGGGGUAGAGGGGGAAAGGAAAGUCUCUGUCUCUAUGCUUCUGGAGCAGGGAGGGGAGGAGAAGCCCUUGUGCCUGUGUUCCCAGGGAGGAAAGAGAAAGGGAAGGUGACAAAGCACCUCCUGAGAGGCUAGGAGGAGGGGGAGGGAGACUAAGCAACAGUCCCUGGUCCAGGGUUUCUUGGGAAGAGUGAGGGGAGAGAAAGGUAUGAGGAAUGGUCUUUGUUUCUCUGCUUGAGGACCCAGGCCUUCUGCUGGGACAGACUCCCCUUCCCCUAGUCUUGGUCCCAAGUAAAUCUCCACCUCCCCCUGUGUUCUUUUCUUCAUUCCCCAUAAUCUAUAACCUUCAAAUGUAAGGUGAAGCCCUCCAGCAAAAAGAUCACUCAUUUGGUCAUAGUCUGAAUCCUGUGUCCCUUCCUUAUGCUUCCUGCCACAGAUCCCAAAGACCCCUCUCUUGGCUUUCAAAGCAUCUUAGAAUGGAAGCCAUCCAGCCCAACUUGUACUUGAAUAAGAGUUCUCUCUUUUAUCACCUAACUUCCUAGUUUCUUCCCUUGCCUCCCAUCCCUCCCAAGUUUCUCAGAAUUUGCAGUAGGAUAAAGGGGUCUUUGGGAGAAGAAAGAGCCUUGGGGUUAUACUUUCAGGGGAAAUAAAAUGCUAUAUAGGAUCACAGAGUUAGAGCUGGAAGGGAUAUUAGAGGUCACCUGGUCCAAACCUCACAUGUAAAGGUAUGAAUAUUGCUCCUCAUGCUAGAGACACCUUUCUUCCAUGGACCCUACAAGUGGGCAGGACUAGGAUAACAACUGCUCAGAGCCAACACAUGGUAGUUUGAGUUUGAGGUAUUCUAGUCUCCACACCUCUCGUACAUAUGAAAAUCCUGAAUCCCAGUCUGGUUAGUGCCCAGGCUCCAUCAUGUCUUCUUUGGUUUAGGCCAAUGUUUUUCAAAUGUGAGACCCUUUCAGGGGGUCUAUGAGGUAAAAACUAUUUUCAUAAUAAUACUGACAUUUUAAUUUCUAAUUUGAUGAAAAUGUAUGGUACAACCCACCAAAAACUCAAGCUCUUUAGGGUUCUCAAUAGUUUUGAAGUGUGAAAAAGUUUCCUGAGGUCAAAAAGCUUAAAAACUACUGGUCUAGGCUUUAACUUAAUGUGUGGUAUUUUAUAACUUUAUAAAAACCUUAUCCCACUAAGAUUCUUAUCUCCUUCCCAAUUUUAUGUGAGCCAAAGGAUUACAUACUCACAGUGUAGGGUAGAACCCAUUUACUGAAUAGUAUCAGAAAGAAAAACCAGAAUAUUAAAAUUCUUCCACCACUGACAAAUGGCUGCAGCAGUAAGGCCUGAAGGCUACAAAUUUGCCCUCAGUCCCAUUCUUCAGCCAGGUGUUCUAGGUAUACCUGGAUUACCUUCAAAGAAGUACUUUCUGGCAUACUAGUUUUAAAGUCCAUGGAGGCAGGGGAAAGAAAAAGAAUUGUCCCACCAGCCUUUACUCCUGCUUCCUAAAGAAGGCAACCAGAAGAUCCAAAGUUGAGAGUCAUCUUGGUAUUCUACCAGGGAGGCUAUUAUUUCUUUCCAUACUAUCACUCCAGUUUCCCCUUCAGCAUGCUGUCAUAUGCAUUCUCUUGUUGGAGCUCUCCUAGUGUGUUGGCCAAGCAAACAGCCAUGACAGUUCCAAAGCUGCUAGCUCUGAUCCACAGAAACUCAGGAGGGCUGGAUGACUUCCCCCGCUCCCCCUGAAGCAAGUCCCUUCUCUCUAUGAUGCAUCCCUUUCAGUUGUGUUGGCCACCAUUUCCAAAGAGCAGUUACAGGGUCAUAGGCUUAGAGCUGGAAAGGACCCCAAAGGCUAUUUAGUCCAAUCCCUCAUCUUACAGGGAAGGAAACCAAGACCCACACAGGUCAAGUGACUUGCCAAAGUGUGCCCAGGUUGUAAAUGAUUAUUAGAGUUGGGGUUUGAACUCUGACUCCAGAGGAAGUGUUCAUUCCACUAUACCACACUGUCCCUUUGUUUUAAAUUCCCCUCUGCUUCUGCAACUGCAUCAUAGGUAAAACCUGAGCAAUUUUGACUCAGACCCAUGGCAUUUCUUAAUCUCUCUGGCACCUGGAGAUGGCAAAAUAAUUGCAGGGGAGGAAAGCCCAAUGGUUUCAAAAUCCAGGGUAUGUACAGAUGAGGAAACCAUGACUCAGAGAUGUUAAGGUUGCAUAGGUGACCAUAAGCAGCCUAGGUUGCUGAACCUAGGUCAUCUGAUCGUACACCCUAUCCCCUAUCUACUGUACCUAUUUGCUAAUUCUUAGAACUUUUAAUAAUGACAAUAAAAGCAACAGCAGCAAUAGCUAGCAUGGAUAUAGCUCUUUAAAGUUUUCAAAGUACUCAACAAAUGUUGUCUCAUGUUAAUCCUCACAACAACCCUGAGAGGGAGGUGCUAUUAUGACCCCCCCCCCCAUUUUAGAGUUGAGAAAACUGAGGCAGAUAGAGGUUAAAUGACUUUCCCAGGGUCACACAGCUAAUAAUUGACCAAGGUCAGAUUUGCAUUCAGGUCUUCCUUAUUCUAAGUCCAGUACUCUAUCCACAAAACUCAAGUUCUCACCUAGAAAGCAGGGGACUCAAAUUAAACAAACACUUACUGUGUGCCUACCAUGCACAGAGCCUUUUGUACUUGGCACCAAGGAAAUAAAUAAAUUUUAAAAAUUAAAAGAUAUAGACCAUACAGCUGGGGAAUGGGGGUGUGUGUGCAGCAUACACAACAGAGAAGUUAUGCUAAUACACAAAAAACAAAACAAAGCAAUGGAACUAAUUCAGUUUACAUAGAUUCUAGGGAGGAGAAUUUGGCACAGUGUCUCAGACUAUUUUUUUUUUAGACAAGAUGACAAAAUGUAGACUUGAUAAUACACAAUU